GUAGGUCUCUUUCUCGGUAAAAAAUACGAAGCGACCGUCAUCUCCACCACAUACACACUACAAACGCGCUGUACCAGUUUCAUUUCAUUCUGCGUUGAUACGUCAUAUUCACGGAAAGUCGAAACAACAGCAUCAGCAACACAUCUCAGGAAGCUGUAGGCAACUAAAUAUUUCAGCAGGUAUGUCGYGACGAAGAAAAUACAUCGGAUGUUCAAUCACGUACUGAGUUCGUCGAAACCGGUGGCACUUUUCUCCCCCGUAGAACAUAGUAGGGGGACUGCGUCGGGUGCGRMGCAACGCAAUGCUUUCUCUGCUCAUGCCACYGYCCUAUUUGGCAACAAUUUCCACCGUAGCGUCGUGGAACUGGGAAURUGAUAACUGYAUCAUUUUAAUCCACCUCUGCCUGUCUCUUCGACUGUUCACAACAAUCUCAAAGCAUUUGACUUACUACAGCUUACACCAAACGUUAUUACCUCAUGUCAUCUAAAUUGCUUACAUUAGGCAACGAAACACCUGCUACUGUGAUACGAAUGCUAGGGCGACCAUUACGAAGCCUAGAACACGAAGACCACAGCAAACAGGAUCCAAUCACUUCAGAUGCUCACAUUUGAACACAUCAUUUCAUAGUUCCAUUCUCAGCGUCAAACUAAUUGGACGAAAAUCAUUGGAUAAGGUUGUCGAUCAAAGAAAAAAAGAAUACUGCACCAGCAAUGGCCAAUACCACUACUAUCGAGGUCGAUCCGGAUGUCGCGAAAACUCCGUCGAAAUCGGACCCGCCGUCGAAAAACGGUGUGCAAUCCAAGGGCGAAACUCCUUCCAAAAGUAAGCGCAAGUCCAUAUCGAUUCCCUACACGGAGCUGAUCCACASUGCCAUUGUGGCUCUUAAAGAUAGAACCGGAUCCUCUGCUCCCGCAAUCACUAAGUGGAUCAUGAACAACCACCCCACUAUGGAUCCCGCCAAACUGAAACAGAAAAUGAAUUUCACCCUCAAACUGGGAGUCAAAUCCAAGCGGUUUGUCAAAAUCAAAUCCUCCUUCAAGAUCAAUCCAGUUUACGUAAAGAAUGAACAAAAGAAAAAGGCGGCGGCCAAUGCAAAGAAGAGAAAGGCGACRGCAUUGGCCAACGCCAAGGCUGAUAAGGCGGCCAAGAAAGCAGCAGCCGCUGCAAAACCUCCAACCAAAGCAGAGCUUGCAGCUCUGAAAGAGAAAGAGCGAAAGGAGAAGGCCGAGAGGGAGAAGCAAAAGAAAGAAAAGGAUCGUCAGGAGCGAAUCCGAAAGCGCAAGUUUCCCAUGGACGAUCUCAAGCUCAUCGAGGAAGACAGGGAACUAAAGGUGGUGUCRCCUUGUAGAGACAACGCUCGCCCGUCCCUGGAACUGGCCAUGCCCAACUAUCCUUCCGCUUGUCGGUCCGAUACGAUGGGGUCGGGGAUUAUGAACGAUGUGAUUCACAUUUACCAUUUUUUUCGUGGAGAUUUAGGAUGGGGUCGCUUCAAGAAACAAAAAUCAAUCGUUGCACCCUUUUCAUUGAACCAAUGGAUGGAAUGCGUCCAGUURGUUUCGAAGGGAUGGUGCAAAAAGGCGAAGAUGCUUCCGCCCUUGAUGACACACUUAUUUGUGGUGGCACUGCAAUAUCUCGUGCCUGAGAAAUUGAGCGUAGCAUUGACGCCUGCCAGCUGGAGCGAGGUGCUGUUGCUGUAUAUGGAUGCCAUGGAACAAAAGUACACUGAUAGGAUUCCGGCAGAAGAGGGCAAGACCACAAUUCGCUCUUUAGGCAUCGACGCAGAAUACCUCUUUUUUAUAAAUGAUGAACCAAAAGACAGCAGUGAACUCGACCCUCCAACUUCAAAUUCCUCUUAUCUUGGAACGGGUAUUUUGAAAAAGGCACAUAGCAAAUUUGURAAUACCGACCCSUGGCAACUGAGUGCUGAGGAAUUACUUUCGUUGCUGAAGGCCUUGGUAGACGAUAUUCUCGGCACUUGUGGGGAUUGUGCGGAGGAACUUGAGAUUCGGAAUGAYGAGACGUACGAACUCUUGAAACGAAAGAAGGCAGCCGAUGCACAAUUCCGGAAAUUUCAGACGGCUCACAAUCGACAGCUCGCUGCCGAAGCAGCCGAGGAAAAAAAAAACAAAAAGCGAUUGAGGCGGCAAUCAAGGGGGAGGCAAACGGAGAGGAGAAAGUAGAAGUGAAGAAACCGGAAAAAGUUACUCGAAGCAGUAGUAAGGCUUCCAAAAUAAGUGAAGCUAAGUUGGAAAAGGUACGCAGGGAACAACAGAAGGCGCAAGACGCCUACGACAAGAGCGUUCGAUCAAAACGCAUUCGCACGGAACCCGCUGGAAUGGAUCGAAACUUUCAAGAAGUCUAUCAUUGYUCGCAGGAUCCGGAAUUUGUCUUUUUCCUCCAACAGGGGAAACCGAUUCAAACCGAUCUACCGUUUAAGAUUCCUGAUAGCAAACCGGUUCGUCGAAUUUCCUGGCAGGCUAUUAAAAAGAAGUCUACUCUGAAYCAGUUYAUGGAAUCCUUGGAUGUUCGUGGCAUUCGCGAAUCAAACCUUCACGAAGCUCUGCAGCUGGCACGCCGCCAUGUCUAUGACGAUAUCAAAGAAGCCAAUGACAAAAAGGCCUUGCUUCGAGAGAAGAGUGAUGUUAAACGUAGAUUAGAAAACGCUCGAACCAAUUACCAAAGCGGACGAAAAUCAGGUCGGUUAGCAUCCCAGUCCGAACAGGAGUUGAUUGACCUUCAAGAGGAGAUCGAGCGGUUGGAAAAAUCAGUUGAGGAAGGAAAUGUGGUUGAGGAGUACGAUUUAGAGCUGGAGACAGGGUUGGAAAUGCUCAGAAACUUCGAGACACAGGAAGAGCAAACUAGAAAACGCCGUGCCAAUCGACGAGAGGUUCGAAAAGCCCCCGACGACGAAGAUAAACGUGUUAAAAAGCUGCCAUGCAGCAAAUUAUGGCCAACUGGUCACAUUGAUGGUACGGGCAUCGUGGGAUUCACAGUAAGCCAGCUACUGGAGCUAGAAGAACGCGUUGAAAACCUUUCAAAAUGGGAAACUGGAGACCGGAAGGCCUGGAUUUCGAGUCUCGAGACAGCAAUCCAUGCAUGGAACGAAGGAAGCUUGCCUUUUCUGUUUUGCGACGAAACCACCUUGACAAACAACGGUGGAUCACCCUCCAGCGUGAUUGCAUCCCCAGAACCCAAGUCAAAGAAGCAGCAUAAUGGGUUGCCGAGUUCAUAUAAUUCGAACGCCGCCUCUUCGCAAAAUUCGGCACUUUCAACGUACCAGAUUGUAUGCAUGAUUAGGGUGAGUUCCUUUUCAAUUGAGUAUUCAAAUGUAUUCACAUGCUGAAACGUGGAAGUUGUUUUUCACUUGAUUCUUACUCCUGACUUCCUCCUGUGACAUCAUUUAGCAACGUUUGCUAGAGUUGGAAAAUAGAAUUUUCGAAGCGACUGGUCUUGCCAUGGUGGCCAAGGAAACCGACGAGGCCGACGAGAAUAUGUCGACGAGCCCUGAAGACGAGGAAGAGAGGAUCCAGGAUGCCUGGAAAAAGCAAAUUCAUCGAUUGAGGCGGAUCCCUGCAAAGGCCUAUACGAAGAUUCACACUGUUCUUGUGGAUGCAAUUUCAGCGGCUCGUAAAACACAAAAUACUGUUGUAGUUGCUGAGUUAAAGCAUGCAUUAGUCGAAUAUCAUCCUGAGGCAGCAAGCUAUUGCAAGGAGGAAGCCUUACAAGUUUUAGAGAAGCAUGGUGGUUACGAAGAAGAUACCGAUGACGAAAGUGUAGAAGAUGCAAAUGAAACGAAUUUAGAGAAGGGAAUCGMAGAUCAAACGAAGACAAAAAUUGAUUAUUCGGAUAUUUCGAAUUGCCUUUGUGCAGAGGCUAUCAUUUUGAAUAGUAGUCUUGACGGACACGAGGAUGCGAGUCGUGUGGAUUGGAUUAGAGCAGUGAAACAGACUAGAACAGUUUCUAAGCAGGCAGCAUUCAUAUCUGCUUUCGUUCAGAAAGCAAACGCAAAAAUUACGAAAAUGGAAGAAGAGAAUUCGGCUCUAAUUGAUGCCAUGGGUGUAUGGAUCAAGAGUCGACCAAAAAAGAAGAAAACUUCCCAUCYAGUUCCCGAGUUGUCCGAGGUAUGGGCAAAUGUGAACUUUUCCGAAGAAUUUUGUUUCGUCAAAGUUGAAGAGUACCCCAUGUGGCCAGCGAGAAAGUGCAUUCCAAAGGAUGGUGAAUUAACAUCCCAGCUCGAAUUGGCGGACCGCUUGCUUGUUUCCCUUGUUGGUGAACGCGGCGCGUUGCGUGUUGUAAAGACAGAAAACUGCAUUCCGUUUUCGGAUACUCCUCCAGAAGAAGAUAUCAGCAAUCAUCCACGCGAUAUUCGGAACCAAUUGGAGGAAGCAAUGAAUGUGGCGAGGCGAGUUGUUCGGGGUCAGCAGAAGAAGAAAUCGAAAUCUAAGAAAAUUCCGAUCAACUCAAUAAAGUAAGAUCGAAUUUAACAUAUUAUCGGAUCUCAAUUUCUUUCUUGCUUCGGCGUGACCACAUUAUUUCAUGCYUUCGGUCACGAUUSCACAAUACGAUUUUUGUGGGGUGGUGAAUAACAAUUAGAUUYGAAUCUUUAUUAAUAUGAAGUUCACAAGUAUUAUGUAUGAAUUGUUACCAUAUAUAUAUUAUGCAAGAGUUUUUACCGUCAAACUAUUGUGAUGGCUGUAUUCCUUUUCGAGAGAAGAUUAACGAAACUCAUCGUUUGCAUUAACAUGUUCCGUCAAUCUCUGAUGCUUAUCCUUGCCCUUGCAUCUUCGUUUCUGAUACAGAGAUUGAUGAAUCACCUUCGACGUUUCUUCUUGGCGGACUGCGAAUGAGACUUGUAGUAACAGCGGAUCCUGUCUCUCACCAUAGAGAAUGUAAAUUCCUCAAAAAUGUAGCCCUCCUCAGAUGCAAGGUCUAACA